AUGUGGUCCUUCGGCACCACCAUGACCAUGGCGGACGACAAGCCGCCUGGCAAUGGCCCUUCCGCUGCACCCUCGGCUCAAGCCACGCCUGUUCCGACGCAGCAGCCUUCCCCCCGGACCGACAAACCCGAAAACACAGUGGCACAGCUUCCUCCACGAACCAAGUCCCCGUUCUUCUCGCAGCGGUCACUGUCCCAGCUUGGGCUCUUCGCGGCGGGCGCUUCUUUCCUGGCGCUCUCCACCCUCAUCACCCGACGCGCGGUCUCCAGGAAGCUCCGCAUAACCAGGCCGCACUUUUACACCCAGAGCAACCGUCCUGUGGACAAGGUCGACUCUGAUGGCUCUCUGAUCGCAGUCGAGGCCCUUGGCCUUGCCACCUUGAACGUCGUGGGCUUCGGAAUCAUGCUGACUGGUGGUAUCGCCUGGGGCUUCGAUAUCUCGGGCAUCGACGACCUACGAAGCAUGGCACGCAGACAGUUCGGGCCAGCUGGUGGCCGGACUGACGAGGAAGCGGAACGAGAAGUCGAAGAAUGGGUGGCCAAAGUGCUACUUCGGAAAGACCAGAAAGAGCAGGAGUCGAACAAAACAGGCCCAUCCACAGAAAACAAAUCUCAAUGA